AUCCUUCUAUAUUUCACAUUUUCAUAGUUCAAAUUCUCAUGGUGACACCAAUUAUAAAAUAAUUAUUGAUAGUAAAAAAAGAAGUGGGCUGACUUCCUCAUUUUGUUAAUCAAAAAUAAAUUUCCUGUUGCAUUUUUUCUAGCCAUUUUCAUCUUCCUUUGAUGCUUCAGCUAUUUUUAUCUUCCGUGUUUAUGAAAUAUUUAUGAAAAUCUAUUUAUGUUAUUUUUAUAUUUACUCUCUUGAACAUUAAACCUACUUUUACAAAGUAAAUAAAAAAUAUUAGUUUUUGACGCAGUUUUCCGCCACGAGUUUCUUAACAAGCAAGUCUAACUCAAACAAUACAAUUUUGUCGCGCAAAGUUUAUUUGGGGUUAAAAAAUAAGGAAAAGAACUAAAGGAGCAUCGAGUAAUGAAAUGACAUUAGUGAAUUUCUGAAACUGAAUUUCCUUCAAACAAUUAUGUGUGCAGAGCAAACAGCUGAUAAUUUUUUUAAAAAGAAACAGCAAAAGACAUGUUCUAAAUAUAAAAUCGGAUAUAAAAAUAGCAUACACCUAGCUGUGAUGACGCACAAUUCCUGUUGAUAUUAAAAGGUAAUUUUGUUUUGUUCAAAAAAGACUUUAACGACACAUAACAUAAUUAUGGUAAAUUUCGAUGGUUACGUCACAUUUCGCUUAUGAUGAAUAGUCAAACUUUGUGAUUUCCUGUUUUUAGAAGUACGAUAUUUUUCCGUUUCUCUCAAUUGAAAUUCUGCCUACGUGAGGGGAGGAUCUAAUCGCAUUAGAAGUAAAAAUAAAAUGUACGCUGCAGAAACAAAAGUUAUUAUGUAAAAUAAAUGGCUCUUGAAUAUGUUGCUACCGAAAUGAGCAUAAAAGCCGAAACCAACUCGAAAGAGUCGUUAGAUGAGCCUGCCUUAUUAGCUUUUUUUACCAAAAGAGAGAUGUUUCUAUCAACGCAAAUUAUAUUUUUGACAUUUUUAUUGAUCACCGUUAAAGUAAGUUCAAAGGAUUGUAAAUAUCGAAGAUGGUCAGGAUGUUCUAGCGAAGAACAAGUUAAAGUUACAACACCUUCCGACACGGAUGCCAGAAAAGUUAGCAUUGUAAAACUCUACCAGGGUAUCAUAGAGUUUCUGAGAAAACGAAAUGAAAAGAAGCACAACGAAGAAGAGAAACAAGAACAAAUAAAAAAUGAUGGUAAAAUAAACAGGUUGAAAGAGUUCAGAUAUAUAGGCGCUACAGAGAAACGGGUAGCAGAUCAACAGAAAUUACAACAACUGCAGAAACAAAUACUAAAGCAACAACAGGAGCAAUUACUGCGCCAACAAAGAAAAAGAAAACAACAGCAAAAGCUGCAGGAAGAAGAACAAAAACAAAAAUACCUAGUGGAACUGCAACAAAUGAUGUUACAACUUCUGCAAAAACAAAAGCAAUUAAAGAAAGACAGAGAGAAAAAAUUACUUGAACUACAGUUCCUUCUUUUACAACAACGUCAAAUAGAGAAACUGCAACUACAAUACCAACAAAACAAUUAGAUUAACCUAAUUGAAACACGACAUGCAUUGCACUUUGUUCUUAAGUUUUAUAGAAAUCGAAAAUUUUAAAUAAUUAACUUAUUUGCUUAUAAUUUAUGUCAACCAUUCUCUGAAGUUCUAAAAAUCAAUUAAAUUUAUUUCCAAUUAAAUUU